CGAGGAUUGUCCGUGUCUCCAGUUGUAUAAAAUGCACUACAUUCCAAGAAAUGACGUGAUGAAAUGUAAUUGGAUGAAGGCAAUCAAACAGGAAAGAUUUCAAUCCUACAACCCAGUCUGUGGUAUGUUCUGUCCAUUUUGUUGAUGGUAGACCAACGAAGGCUAACCCGGUUCCAACACUACAUAUGGGUUAUGAAAGUAAAGAGCCUACGCUAUGCCUCUUUUAAACCUGGAACAUAUUGACAACACUGAAAACAUGGAAAUUCAGUCACGUAAUGAACAUACUGAGUGUAAAGCUGUGUGUUGUAACAUAUAUCCGGAUUUAUGUAACAACUACAAGAAGCCAAAAAUGGUGGAAACAAGCACACAAACACUUGAUCCAAUUAAAUUAGACCACAUCUACAGUUGUUUGUAUGUAGAAAGAACAAAAACUGCAUCAACUCAGUGUUCAGCUCCAGAGUUUUCAGUUUACUGCAUAAAAAAUGAUAAUGACAGCAAGUUUUAUACAGGUUUGAGUCUCACGAUGUUCAUGACAUUAGUGUCUACUUUAACAAAAUUCGGGAAAAAUCUUCCUUACAGAAUCAGCAUUCCAAAUCAGAUUCUUUUGGUACAGAUACGCCUCCGUCUAGCUCUGAUAUUUAGUGACAUUGGAAGAAGAUUCGGUAUUUCUCAUCAGCUGACCAGUAAUAUAUUUAAUAAGUGGAUUGACAUUAUGUCAGAACAGUUAUCUGCUUUAGUUGUCUGGCUACCAAGAGAGACCAUACGACGUACACUUCCAGCUUCAUUUAAAAAUUUGUAUCCCAAAACGACAUGCAUUAUAGAUUGUCCGAAAUAUAUAUAUAUACAAAGACCAUUUACAUUUAAAGCAAGGGCACAAACUUGGUCAACUUAUAAAACUCAUAACACUGCAAAGUUUUUGAUAGCAAUAGCUCCAUGUGGCUUUAUUAUGUACAUCUCCCAUUUGUAUGGUGGGAGAGCUAGUGAUAAUUAUAUAACAAAACACAGUGGGUUCUUGAACUUUUUAUUGCCGGGAGAUGAGGUUAUGGCAGAUAGAGGUUUUACUAUAGGGGAAGAACUUUGUGCUCGUAGGGUAAAACUGAUUAUUAUACCUUACUUUUGUCUACAAUGGUAAAAUCCCAUUACCCGAAAAAGUGAUAUUUUGACUAUCAGAAACAUUUCCAACCUUUUUGAUAUGUGACCAAGCGAAAGUGACUGUCAGGUCAUGUGACCGCGCUGAUAUUUUGAAUGUGAUAUAAGGGCAAAUAACUGCUUCAAAUUUUUAGCCUAAAGAUUGCCUCCCUUGUACACAAUGUCAUAUUGUAAUGACGUCACUAUUCAAUGUGUACACAGGUGAUUGCCGCGCUAAAGAUGCAACUGUUGAAUUAAAUUAAUUAAAAACAUUGUAAAAACUUUUUUUAUGUGCUUAAUUUUGUUCGGUAUAAUAAAAUAAAUAUCAUAUGACAGCAUGUCUGACAUUGAUAUUGUCAACCCUCGAAACAGAAUGUCACCACUCGGCUUUCGCCUCGGGUGACAUUCUACCCUCGGGUUGACAAUAUCAAUGUCACACGCUGCCAUAUGAUAUUUAUAUAAUAUCCCUGCAAUUAUGAAAGGCCGCACCCAGUUAUCCGCAUAGGAAACCAUAGAGUCAAGAAGAAUUGUUGCUGAACGCAUACAUGUGGAACGGGCAAUCAUGAGAUUUAAAUCUUAAAAACUAAUGAACACUACACUGGGAAUUAAAACUCUUAAAAGGGGGGAUAAAACCAUGAAAGUUGUUGCUGCAUUGUGCAACAUGAGAGACCCUUUGAUUAAUGAUGAUGUUGAUAUCGAAGACUGAUUUGUUCUUUUCAAUGGAAUGUGAAACUAGGAUUUAACAAGAGCACCACCUUGCGGGUGCUGACUCUCAUCUGAUUUUUUUUGUAUAAUAGAAAUAUUGUCCUACCCAUGAUUUUCUAAG